AUGUCACUCACCAGCGCGCAGAGGGCAGUUCUGAGCAACCUCGGGCCGGGCCCGCUGCCGCCGACCUACUUCCAGAAGUCGCAGUCGCUGCCCAUGAACACCAUCGUGCGCUUCGUGCCGCAGCAGACCGCCUGGAUCGUCGAGCGCAUGGGCAAGUUCAACCGCAUCCUGCAGCCGGGCCUGGCCAUCCUGAUCCCCUUCAUCGACCGCAUCGCCUACGUCAAGUCGCUCAAGGAGGUCGCCAUCGAGAUCCCCUCCCAGAGCGCCAUCACCGCCGACAACGUGACCCUCGAGCUCGACGGCGUGCUCUACACCCGCGUCUUCGACGCCUACAAGGCCAGCUACGGCGUCGAGGACGCCGAGUACGCCAUCUCGCAGCUGGCGCAGACCACCAUGCGCUCCGAGAUCGGCCAGCUGACACUCGACCACGUGCUCAAGGAGCGCGCCGCGCUCAACACCAACAUCACGGCCGCCAUCAACGAGGCCGCGCAGGCCUGGGGCGUGACCUGCCUGCGGUACGAGAUCCGCGACAUCCACGCGCCCAAGCCGGUCGUCGAGGCCAUGCACCGGCAGGUGACGGCGGAGCGGUCCAAGCGGGCCGAGAUCCUCGACAGCGAGGGCCAGCGGCAGAGCGCCAUCAACAUCGCCGAGGGCAAGAAGCAGAGCGCGAUCCUGGCCAGCGAGGCCGAGCGGGCCGAGAAGAUCAACCGCGCGGCCGGCGAGGCCGAGGCCAUCCUGCUGCGCGCCCGCGCCACCGCCGCCGGCAUCGAGGCCGUCGCCCGCAGCAUCGCCGAGGGCCGCGACGCCGCCCAGGGCGCCGUCAGCCUGUCCGUCGCCGAGAAGUACGUCGACGCCUUCGCCAAGCUGGCCAAGGAGGGCACCGCCGUCGUCGUGCCCGGCAACGUCGGCGACAUCGGCGGCAUGAUCGCCACCGCCCUGAGCGUGUACGGCAAGGUCGGCGACGCGCAGGCCAAGACCAUGGCGCGGCACAUUCUGGAGCAGGGCAAGGUGAUCGAGCCCGCGCCCCAGGGGGGGAGUGCGGAGGCGGCCAAGGGGCCGAAGCUUGCGCCAACGCCCGAGAAGGCUACUUAG